AUGGUUUCUCAGGCUCCUGCGACAGGUCGCUCUGUGCCUGUGCCCACCGCUCCUUCUGUGACUACGCGUCACUCCCAUAGCGGCCGCCGUCAUCGCUCGGGUCGCUCGCUCCACGGCGGUGCGUCGCACCAGGUACAGAACGAUUUCCCCAUCUUCUCGCACACGGGCGAUGUCGAGAUCCUCAUCCGCGUGCAUGGUCAGGAACGGCGGUACCUGCUGCACCGGUUGAUCUUGACGCAAUGCUCGGGAUUCUUCGAGGCCAGUACCAGCGAAGAAUGGUCGAGGCCACCACUCCCCGUCGGGCGCGAGCUGCGAACCGGCCCCAGCCACUCCAAGCCCGAUGUCUCGUCGUCGAGACUCAGUGAGGACGGUUCGAUGUCGGCCGGAUCGACGCUGGUGCCUUCCGAGAUCAAUAAUGGACCGGCUCCGGUCGCCGGGGGAAAAAGGUGGCGGUACGAGUUAGAUUGGGAGAGUAAGGCGGCGGACGAGGAACCGAUUCUGGUCCAGAAGCCAGUGAGCCCGACCGCCGUUUUGGGAGCGGAAUUUGCACACGUCCCGCCGUCAAUGACCAAACCGUCGGCUCUGCAAGCAGGUUUCUUCAGAUCCAUGGCCACCCGGGCCGGGAUGCAGUCCGUCUUGCAUCUCUCACAGUCGGCAACCAUCGAGGAGGUGAAUGUGGACCCGCUCAUUCGCGACUACGACAACCUCUUCCGUCUCUUCUACAACUACCCACCAGUCCUGAAUAGCGUCAACAUCGCCACCGCGUACGCAGAAUGCAAGUCGCUGCUCGCUCUGGCAGACAUGUACGACGCCCUGCCUGUGACGGGGCCCCGGGUCGACCACCACCUGCUGGGCUUUGGCUCGCGGCUGUUCAAGCAGAUUGCCAAAUACCCGCCCAGCUACCUCAAGCUGGGGUACCUGGCGCGCAGCAGGGUGAUCUUCUCCGAAGCCCUGAUCCACGUCGUCGGACAGUGGCCCGCCGCCCUGCCGCACCUUCGCAGCAACGGCACAUAUUCGCCGAUCCCGAACUCAGUGCUUGAUUUGAUCGAAGACAAGGUGGACGAUCUGGAGGACCUCAAGGCGCGUGUGGAGUCCAAACUCUUCCGACUCACCCUGACCACCUCGCGCGGGGAGCGCGUCAACCCUGCCAACGCCUAUCUAGACUGGCUGGCCGUCUCCCUCUUUCGCCAGUGGCUGGUGGACAGCACGACACCCCCGCCGCCCUCGAUCCUCAAAUCGACACAACCACCCCCACCGCUGGAGACUGCUUCUGCUGUUUCUGCUUCAUCUGCGGCCAAUGCGGCCAGUACUCCCACCGGCAACGCGCCCGGCCACCACCGCUCCCAAGAGUCCACGUCAAGGCUCCUCCGCCCUCCCGCGCCGCCUCCCAACUCUUCCGCCCGGGUCUUCCGCCUACUGGGCUCAUCCUCGACGCAGGCCUACCUCUCCCAUGAGGAGCUCAAGAAGUUCCUCAAGACACACCCGACCCCGUCGUCCGACUCUCUGUACUCGCGCGAUGUGCUCAAGCGGUUCGAGCGCAAGAUGGACGAGAUCAAGCGGCUGGCCCGCGAGAUCGUCAAGCCUCUCAUGCGCAACUUUCUCGAACUAGAUCUCAAGGGACCCGGUGGUGCCGAACCAGGUGCCGAGGGGGCCUCGUUGCCCUAUUUGACCUGUACGAGGGUUGAGGAUGAAGAUUUACCUUGGUGA